AUGGCAAAUCUGCAAAAAUUGAAGGGAAAAAUUAUUCCAAAGCCAUUUGCUACUUCUAAGAAAAAUAUUUCAAUUGGUCAAGAUCAAACUACAAAUGCAAAAGCGAUGAAGAAACCAUCUUCAACUAAAGAGGAUUUGCAGGCCAAGAAGGAUAAGGUUGUUCAAGGAGGUGCUGCUGAAGAGGCCAUAAUAGUUUGUGCUCUUUGUAAUUUUGUUUGCAACUGUAAAGUCAUUUAUGACUCGCAUAUUAGUUGGAAGAAACAUCUUGCUAUGAUUAAGGAGGAGACUGAAGUUAAAACCAUUGGCCAAGAUCAAACUACAAAUGCAGAAGCGAUGAAGAAACCAUCUUCAACUAAAGAGAAUUUGCAGACCAAGAAGGAUAAGGUUGUUCAAGGAGGUGCUGCUGAAGAGGCCAUAAUGGUAUGUGCUCUAUGUGAUGUUGUUUACAACAGUAAAGUAGUUUAUGACUCGCAUAUUAGUGGGAAGAAACAUCUUGUUAUGAUUAAGAAGCAGGAGACUCAAGUUAAAACCAGUUUGUUCGUGCCCGAAAGCUUGCCCAUGGAAUGA